UAAACCAGUUGUGGAUGUCUUUGAUGAUGGUUUUAUUGUUACAUGGGAAAUGGUGGUGUGAUGGCUGUUAGGAUGACGAGAGAAUUGCUCUGUUGAAGCUCAAAGCUUACUUCAGUAAUUCUAAUUGCGGGUCCAUGUCUUCUUGGGGGGGAAUUCCCAACUGUUGUAAUUGGGAGUAUGUCGAGUGCAGCCCCAUUACAGGGCGAGUAUCAUCGCUUUAUUUCGGGAUAAAUUCGUCACGUUAUCCCUGGACAGAUCCGACUAUGGCAGAUUGUUUUGAAAGAUUAUGGAGUCUCGACAAUUUGGAGUUUCUUGAUUUAAGUUUCAACAGAUUCAACAAUAGCAUCCUGCCAUCUCUAAGUGGUCUUUCACCUUUAAAAUCAUUAAUUCUAGUCGACAAUAGGCUGAAAGGAAUAAUUAAUAUUCAAGAAUUGAAUAAUCUAACAAGCUUGAAGGAGCUGAAUUUGCAAGGCAAUGAAAUUGAAGGUUUUAAAUCCUCUCAUGGUUUGAGGAAUCUGGAGCUCCUUGAUCUAAGUUACAAUCACCUUGACAACAGCAAGCUCUCACAUCUCAAGGGGCUUUCAUCUCUCAAAUCUCUGAAUAUGGGAUAUAAUUCACUCACCGGAACACUUAGCAUGAAAGAAUUUGAUGGGUUGAGCAACUUGGAGGAGCUAGAUCUGGGCGGAAAUAAAAUCAUCCACUUUGAGGCUCUGAGAGGAUUGAAAAAUCUAACAAGCUUGAAGGAGCUGAAUUUACAAGGCAAUGAAAUUGAAGGUUUUAAAUCCUCUCAUGGUUUGAGAAAUCUGGAGCUCCUUGAUCUAAGUUACAAUCACCUUGACAACAGCAAGCUCUCAUAUCUCAAGGGGCUUUCAUCUCUCAAAUCUCUGAAUAUGAGAUAUAAUUCACUCAUCGGAACACUUAACAUGAAAGAAUUGGAUGGUUUGAGCAACUUGGAGGAGCUAGAUCUGAGCGGAAAUAAAAUCAUCCACUUUGAGGCUCUGAGAGAUGAUAGAGGUCUAAGCAAGUUAAGCAAAUUAAUUCUGGAUAGCAUCUUCAGUUAUGGAGGGAACACUUCACUGCGAAACACUUCAUUGCUACAUUCAUUGGGAGCAUUUCCAUACCUCAAGACCCUAUCUCUACAAAACAAUUGUUUAAAAUCAAUAAUAUCUGCUCAAGGCUUGCCCAAUUUCAAGAAGCUGGAACACUUGUACAUGAAUUAUUCUACUACCAACAACAACUUCCUGCAAAUUAUAUCAAAUAUAACCUCUCUUAAGACUUUAUCAUUGUAUGGUUGUGGACUCAGUGGCACUUUGUCUCAAGGCAUAUGCAAGUUGGAACAUCUUCAAGUUCUAGAUAUUGGUUAUAACGAUCUCAAUGGUACAUUGCCUUGGUGUUUAGCAAAUUUGACUUCCCUUCAACAGUUAAACCUCUCUUCCAAUCUUUUUACUGGAAAUAUCUCCCCCCUUGAGGGUUUGACAUCCAUUCAAGAAUUAAAACUGUCACACAAUUACUUUGAAAUCCCAAUUUCACUUGGUCCAGUUUUCAACCAUACAAGACUUUUGCAAUUUCAUGCUGAGGGUAAUGAAGUAUAUGCAGAUAUAGAGGUGCAUGAUUUGAUCCCAAAAUUCCAGUUAGAGACUCUUGUUUUGUCUGGCCUUGGAUAUGGUGGAGCAUUUCCCAAAUUCCUCUACUAUCAAAAAAACUUAAAAGUUGUUGAUAUCUCAUAUAUUACAAUGAAGGGGGGCUUUCCAUUUUGGUUGUUAGAGAACAACACAAACCUAGAAAUGCUUUAUUUAGCCAAUAAUUCUCUUUCAGGGCCUCUUCAGCUGCCUAUUCAUUCUCAUAUGGGUUUGUCAAACUUAGAUAUCUCUAAUAAUGGCUUCCAUGGGCAUGUUCCGAUGGGAAUUGGAAUAUCUUUCCCAAUGUUGCAAGUUUUGAAAAUGUCUAGAAAUGGUUUCACUGGCAACAUUCCCUCUUCACUUGGCAAUGCUAGCUUCUUGAAAAUUUUACAACUGGAUGGAAAUCAGCUCACAGGAAGUAUCCCGAAUAACUUAUAUAAGUGCUCGUAUUUGGGGACGUUGGAUGUUAGUGAUAACCAUCUCUCUUUUAGGAUCCCAGGGUCCAUGGGAAAUAUGUCUUCUCUUGAGGUUUUAGACCUUUCCAAAAACAAUAUCUUUGGAAGUUUUCCACCAAACUUCAACCCUUCAGAGUUAGUGUUUGUUUACUUAUCUGAAAACAGGCUACAAGGAUCAAUUAGAAAUUCAUUUUAUGGUUGCUCUAAGUUGAUCACAUUGGAUCUUAGCCAUAAUUCUUUGACUGGGACCAUUCCAGAAUGGAUUGGUAGGCUUUCAUUUUUGAGCUAUCUUUCGUUGAGUUAUAACAGCCUUGAAGGUGAAAUUCCAAAUCAGUUGUGCAAUUUGGGUUUCAACUUAAUUGAUUUAUCUCAUAAUAAUCUCUCUGGUCCUAUCGUUCCUUGCCUAAGAGUUAAUGAGGGUUCUGGUGUGAUAGAUCCACGAAUUGAGAGUGAGCAAAUGAAAUGGAUAACAUAUUCUUACCUCCUCUCGCUUUCUAGAAUGGAUCUUUCCCACAACAAAUUGAGUGGAGAAAUUCCUCCUGAAAUUGGAGACAGUACUAGUCAAGUGUUGAACCUUUCCCACAACAGUUUGACAGGACCUAUUCCAUCAACAUUCUCAAAACUGAGUGAAAUUCGAAGCUUGGAUCUUUCCUACAAUCACUUGGAUGGGAAAAUUCCUCCGGAGAUUACUCAACUUUCUUUACUUGCCUUCAGUGUCGCUCAUAACAAUUUAUCUGGACCAACACCUGCAAAUUUUUUGACUUUUGAUGAGAGUAGUUACGAAGGAAAUCCUUUGCUUUGGGGACCACCACUACCUAAGAGUUGCGAUGCGACGACAAUAUCAACUGAUGUUAGAGAGGAGAGUGGCUUCAUAGACAAAGGUGUUUUCUAUGUGAGCUUUCUGGUGACUUACAUCAUGGUAUUGCUGGCAAUUGUUGCAGUAUUUUACAUAAACCCAUAUUGGCGACGAGCAUGGUUUACCUUCAUUGAGGUGAAAAUCAUCAAUUGCCAAUAUUUUCUGGAAGACAAUUUUUGUGUACUAUUCAAAUUCCGAGUACCGUAGCUCUUAAUUAUUUAUGCUUUUGCUUUUUAAGUUGGCAAUUAAACCCUUGAAUAAAUUCCUUUUAAUAACCAA